AAAUGAUAGCGCCUCGUUUCUUUUCUCCAGACCGGAGGCUGAUGACGGCUCAUUUUCCAUUUGGCUCUUAGCUGCGAGGAACUUUCUCCAUUUUGAAUACAAGAAAACUAGAUAUGUGUGGAAUUUUUGCCUACUUGAACUACAGAGUCCCACGGACCAGAAAGGAGAUUUUUGAGACUUUGGUCAAAGGACUUCAGAGACUGGAGUACAGGGGAUAUGACUCCGCAGGCAUUGGAGUUGAUGGCCCCAGAAAAAACGACAAUGGCAGCAUCUGCCUGUUCAAGAAGAAAGGGAAGGUGAAAGCUCUGGAUGAAGAACUACAUAAGAGCGAUUCUAUUGACCUGGACACAGAGUUGGAUACCCAUUUUGGUAUUGCCCACACGCGCUGGGCUACCCAUGGGGAACCCAGCGCUCUCAACAGCCACCCACAUCGCUCCGACAAGAACAACGAGUUCAUCGUGAUCCACAACGGCAUCAUCACAAACUACAAGGAGCUGAGGAAGUACCUGAACUCCAAGGGCUACGAGUUUGAGUCGGAGACAGACACCGAGGUGAUUCCCAAGCUCAUCAAGUACGUCUACGACAACCGGGAGAACGACUAUGUCUCCUUCUCCACCCUGGUGGAGCGAGUCAUCCAGCAACUGGAAGGGUCUUUCGCUCUUGUUUUCAAAAGCAGCCAUUUCCCAGGCGAAGCCAUAGCCACCAGGAGAGGCAGUCCUCUUCUGAUUGGUGUGAGGAGCAUGUACGAGCUGUCAAUGGAAGAAAUCCCUAUACAGUAUAACACUGGUCAUCUGGGCGUUCAGCAGAGAAACUUCCGGAACAGGGUGGACAGUUGUACCGCCCUGCAUUCUGUCAACGACAGGAAGGCAGUGGAGUUCUACUUUGCCUCGGACGCCAGUGCCAUCAUUGAGCACACCAAGAAGGUGGUGUACCUGGAGGACGAUGACAUUGCGGCGGUGGCCGAGGGGAAGCUGUCGCUGCACCGUGGGAGGGGCGUGGCCGGGGACUACCCCCCCAGGGCCAUCCAGACGCUGCAGAUGGAGCUGCAGGAGAUCAUGAAAGGGAACUUCAAGGCCUUCAUGCAGAAGGAGAUUUUUGAGCAGCCAGAGUCGGUUUUCAACACUAUGAGAGGACGAAUCUGUUUCGACACCAACACAGUGGUCCUCGGGGGGCUGAAGGACCACCUUAAGGAGAUCCGCCGCUGCAGGCGCCUCAUUGUGAUUGGCUGCGGCACCAGUUUCCACGCUGGACUGGCGACCAGGCAGAUCCUGGAGGAGCUGACGGAACUUCCUGUCAUGGUGGAGCUGGCCAGCGACUUCCUGGACCGCAACACGCCCGUCUUCAGAGACGACGUCUGCUUCUUCAUCAGCCAAUCCGGCGAGACGGCCGACACUCUGAUGGCGUUGCGGUACUGCCGGGAGCGUGGCGCCCUGACUGUGGGCGUGACCAAUACGGUGGGCAGCUCCAUCUCCAGGGAGACGGACUGUGGCGUCCACAUCAACGCUGGGCCGGAGAUCGGCGUGGCCAGCACCAAGGCAUACACCAGUCAGUUUGUGUCUCUCAUCAUGUUUGGGCUGAUGAUGAGUGAGGACAGGCUGUCCCUGCAGAACAGGAGGCUGGAGAUCAUCGACGGGCUCAGGACACUGCCAGACCUGAUCCAGGAGGUUCUGAGUGUGGAUGAGCAGAUCCGGUCCAUAGCAGACGAGCUGUACCAGCAGAGGUCUCUGCUGGUCAUGGGCCGAGGCUACAACUACGCCACCUGCCUGGAGGGGGCGCUGAAGAUCAAGGAGAUCACCUACAUGCACUCGGAGGGGAUCCUGGCGGGGGAGCUGAAACACGGCCCGCUGGCCCUCAUCGACAAACACAUGCCCGUCAUCAUGAUCAUCAUGAGGGACGCCUGCUACACCAAGUGUCACAACGCCCUGCAGCAGGUCACCGCCAGACAGGGGCGUCCCAUCAUCCUGUGUAGCCGUGGCGACCCGGAGGUGAGCAGGAAGGCGUACCAGACCAUCCAGCUGCCCCAGACGGUGGACUGUCUCCAGGGCGUCCUCAGCGUCAUACCCCUGCAGCUGCUCUCCUUCCACCUGGCUGUGCUGCGCGGCUACGACGUUGACUGUCCAAGGAACCUGGCCAAAUCUGUAACUGUGGAGUAACUACUGGAUCGUCCGACGACAACAAAGACAGUGCAAUUGUCCGUGUCAUUUUGUGUGUGACUGUGCUUGUCUGUGUGUGUGUUUGUGUGUGUGUGUGUGUGCGCGUGUGUACAAUGUCAAGACCCCUUCUGUUUACCAGCAGGUGCUGAGCCAAAGAGACUCAUAACCGUCUUCUUAUUUCACUUCUAACGUAGAACAGUGAACAGGUGUGCAAUACACAGAGGAACCGAACAACGAGGGCUCCUUUGUGUCUGUGAACGAUAAGUCGUAUCGCCUCGGUGAUAACGGAACACACGAUGAACGAGUGUUGAUGAAGGUGCAGCCUAGUCCCACAGGUACUAGAACAGCUGACAGCGUUCCCUUAGACAACGGUUCACUCGUACGUCUCUGGUUGAUGUGCCGGGAACUGUGUUCCCUCCUCGUGUUUGAGCCAAAGACUUAGAGUAGGGAGGAACAGUAUGUGACAGGCAGUGCAGUCGAGCUCUGAUUUGUGGAAUUUAAAAGAAAGACAUCGGUUCCCCGUGGUACACUCGCUGUGCUCUACUUCUCUCAGUGCUGGGAAGGUCUGAGCCGUGUUUUCUAUGAAGUCAUUUGACGUUUGAUAGACAAACUUUUUUCUGGAAAUCUAUUUUCGUUCAACCUAUUUUCUAUACCAAAUAUAUGCAUUCCAAAUAUAAAUAUAUAUUUUAAAUGUA